CGCACCCAAGCGGGAUGAUGGUGGCCGGGGCGGAGCGACGGGGCGCAGAGGAGCGGCGCAGAGAGAUAAACCCGCUCUGAAGUCACCGGGGCAGGGUGGACGGAAAAGAAAACAACGCGGCGAGAAACCACCGUCCCGCUUCCACCGAGCAUUGUUUUACAUUUCAUCACGUCUUCGAAGAAGAGGGAGGUCAGGCCAGGAUGAACGGCGAAUCAGGUGCCGGAGUGGUGACGGCCCCCCCUCCCACCACAGCCCCCCACAAGGAGCGGUACUUCGACCGGGUGGACGAGAGCAGCCCAGAGUACCAGAGGGAGAGGAACAUGGCGCCCGACUUGCGGCAGGACUUUAACAUGAUGGAGCAGAGGAAGAGGGUCUCAAUGAUACUACAGAGUCCGGCAUUCUGCGACGAGCUGGAGACAAUGAUCCAGGAUCAGCUGAAGAAGGGGAAGACGCCCACGAGCCUGUUGGCCCUGCAGCAGAUUGCAGAUUUCAUGACCACCAGCAUGCCUUCCAUGUAUCCCGCUGCACCACAAGGAGGCAUGGCAGCGCUCAACAUGAGUUUGGGCAUGGUGACUCCCGUGAACGAUCUGCGAGGCUCAGACUCGAUCUCCUACGACAAAGGAGAGAAGCUUCUCCGUUGCAAGUUGGCUGCCUUUUAUCGGCUCGCAGACUUGUUUGGCUGGUCCGAGCUCAUCUACAACCACCUCACAGUCAGGGUGAACUCAGAGGAUGAGCGUUUCCUUAUUGUCCCAUUUGGGCUCCUGUACAGUGAAGUCACUGCCUCCAGUCUGGUAAAGAUAAACCUUCAAAGUGAGGUCAUCGACCGGGGGAGCACCAACCUCGGGGUCAACCAGGCCGGCUUCAUUCUCCACUCUUCCAUCUACGCUUCACGGCCUGACGCCAAGUGUAUUGUACAUAUACACACGGCCGCGGGUGCUGCGGUGUCGGCAAUGAAAUGCGGCCUGUUGCCCAUCUCACCCGAGGCACUGUCUUUGGGCGAGGUGGCCUACCAUGACUACCACGGCAUAUUGGUGGAUAAAGAGGAAUCUGUUCAAAUACAGAAAAACCUGGGGCCCAAGAGUAAGGUGCUCAUCCUCAGGAACCAUGGGUUGGUGACUCUGGGUGAAACGGUGGAGGAAGCUUUCUAUUACAUCCACAACCUGGUCACUGCCUGUGAAAUCCAGGUGCGAACACUGGCCAGCGCUGGAGGUCCAGAUAAUCUGGUGAUGCUGGACCCUGCGAAAUACAAGUCGCGUUCAAGGGUCCCUGAGCCAGUCGGGGACGGGUCUUCCACAUACCCCAAGUGGCAAGUCGGGGAGCAGGAGUUUGAGGCUCUCAUGAGAAUGCUCGACAACUUGGGCUACAGGACGGGCUAUCCUUACCGCUGCCCGUCAUUGCGGGACAAAGGUAAAAAAUACAGUGAUGCGGAGAUCGCUCCCUCUGCCCAUGGUGGCUACUCAUACGGGGAGGACAGCGACUCCGGCGCUCGCUCCCCGCUGAAGCACAGCUUCCAGCGCGGCCAGCGCGACAAGACCCGCUGGCUCAAUGCCAGCGGCCGGCCCGACGAGCCCUACGAGGACGGGCCCGACGGCAGCAGCCCCAAGUCGAAGCCUAAGGUGUGGACGAACAUAACACACGAUCACGUCAAACCCUUGCUGCAGUCUCUCUCGUCCGGUGUCUGCGUGCCAAGCUGUAUAACCAACUGCUUGUGGACAAAGGAAGAAGGCCUCCGCCAGGCUGCCGUAGCCAAUCAGUUCAUCCCAUUGAACACCAACCCAAAGGAUGUCCUGGAAAUGCGGAAUAAGAUCCGGGAGCAGAACCUGCAGGACAUAAAGACAGCAGGGCCCCAGUCUCAGGUUCUGUGUGCUGGCAACGUGGGGGAACGCUCCUUUACCCAGGGGGAGCUGGUGACGGCGUCCAAGGCCAUCAUCGAGAAGGAGUACCAGCCCAAGGUCAUCAUCAGCAAGCAGGGUCCCAACCCCUUCACCAAAAUCACCGACCAGGAGGUGGAGGAAUACCGCAGGGAGGUGGAGCAGAAACAGAGAGGGCCUGAAGUGCAGGGACGAGACGCUAGUAGGGGGGGGUCAGCCUCCGGCGUAUCCUGUCCUGAACCGGAGACACCACAGAGAGGUCAAGCCUCUGUCUCCACACUGCUGCAGUCGACAACUGACUCGCCCAGCUUAGAGCAAGUCCCGCCUACGGCAGCCACGCCCGCUACCCCAGCCUCUGAACAGAUCUCUUUUUCCAUGGGCCUCUCCAGCGGGGUCGUGCCAGCUCGGGACGGCACUGACUCUGCUGGGACGCUAGCGGACGACGUUUUUUCAGCUCCAGAUUCCCCACACAAGGAGUUCCACAGCGCCGUGCUGCGCGCCCUCAGCAAGGAGCCAUCAGUGGUCGAGGCGGCUCAGGCUCCAGACCCAGAGCAACUAGUAGAAGCUGUGGAGGAGCCGAAAGGCCAGAAAGCCACCUCCACGCCCCCGAGCACCCCAAUCAGAGCAGAGGAAGAGUCCUUGCCUGAACCAUCCGAUAAGGAUGAGAGCGAUGCAGCCACCCUGAGACAGACCCUUCCAGAUUUAACACCCGACGACCCCUCCGAUGCCCCAGCACUUCCUGCCGAAGACUCCGCCUCUGCCCCUGACCCUGCCACCGCAGAAGCAGAAGCGGAAGCAGCCGAGGUGGAGGAAGCCGCUGACGCUGGCGACCAGGAGGGUGACGAGUCUCCCAGCAAAUCGCCCUCCAAAAAGAAAAAGAAGUUCCGCACUCCUUCCUUCCUAAAGAAAAACAAAAAAAAGACAGAGUCCUAGACGCGUCGGAUCGGUCCUCAGGGGCCGACCUCUGCCCCUUUUCAUUUCUGCUUCUCGUCUGCUUUCAUUGCACCCUUCGAGCAAGCCACAGUUACACGUAGCUACGCUUUUUGUUGUUUUGAUAUCAUUUGUCAUCGGCUUAUUAACCUAUUUUUCCUCGUUAGUGUGCCAAUUUUGUAUACAGUGUAAAAAUGAUUGCAUAAAGGUUUUUAAUUAUUAGAGGCUUUUAGUUGUGAGUGAUGCACUCAGUCUUCAGUCUGGCCUUUCAUGCAUGUCUAUUACCACAGGCCCACAGACUUGAUGUGAGGUUUUAGGAUUUUAUCCUUUUAUCACCCUCUUUUUCCCCUUUUUUAAGUGUAUCAAAACUGUUGUAACCACUAGAAUGUAUUGGGAUUGUAUCAAAAUGUCAAAAGUGUCUUCUAAAAUACAGUGAACACUGAAAGAGAAGCUUGUGUCCUCUCAUUUAACUGGAGGUUGUGCGAAUUUGACCUAUGAAGCUCUGCAUCCAUGUAAUCACGUGUCAGGAGAAAUACAGUUGAGAUAUUUUCAGUGGAUUAUUUACCCAUGGAAAAUGCAGUCAUGCAGAGUCUGUAUCAACGUGUCCAUAAUCCAAUAUUUUGAUCAGAUCCUCUACGUUCACACUUAAUCACAUCAGAGGUUUGUUGACUUUAAAACUCAACAUCAUUUCCAGGCAUGUUGUAAAGUGCUUCAUGUCCUAAUAUGAUGAAACAAUUUUAAGAGGUUUUAAUAUUCCACAAACCAGUUUAAUUAAAAACACUCAUCUGCAGAUUGUUUAAACAUAGGAAUCCCUGUAAGUGUAAGCGAGCACUGUGCUUGUUGAUUAUUCCCAGGGUUUGCCAAUGUAUUUGCUACUGGCUGUAAGUCUUUAGUAUGAAGGAAUGUUUAAAACAAAAAAAGUUCUCGGUUUGUUAUUUCAUUUAUUGAAAUUAUUGGUUCUAGCUUUGUUUUGAAUUUGCCCCAUGAUUUCUCUCGGUUUCCGUAAAAGACAGAAAAGGGCAGAUAUCCUGUGUAUGUACGGUGAGAAAAGACAUGUCAUUUAUGUUCUGGAGUACGUCCUUCUUUCCCACUUUUUUAGUUUUUUAAACCUCCUGCGCUUUUUCUCACAAAGUAGAUUGAGCCAUACUGACUUGCUGUGAGAGAGCACUGUGAACCUCCUUGUCCAUAAACCACUGUCCUGUAGUUAGUCGCAGUCCAUCAUUGCAGGAGAUAAAGUUGUAGGUUGAUCAUAUAAACGACAAUGUCACUGUUAAGAAGCUGCACGAUUAAUCAUAAUUUCAUGACCUGGACUUUCCUGUGUAAAGCUCGACUCUGAGCGAACGGACUCUUUCACUGAAUACAGUUUUCCAGUUGCAGUAAAGACACAUUGUACACUGGAGAAGCGAUGUAAUCAUAUGUGUGACUGCAGUUGGGCUGUGCUUGAGGUUGCAGGGCAUUAAUACCAAGGCCAACUCCAAGCUUUGCUUCCUAACUUGUGUCAAUCCAUCCUGUUGUGAGUAAAAGGUUAUUGAUCAGUCUGUGUAACUCGUAGACAGGAAGCAUCACCUAAACGUGGAUGAUCAGAAACCUUGGCCUUUGUUCAUGGCAGGUGGUCUUUACCUACAGCGCUACAUGUAAACUGAGAAUGGGCUGCAUGUGUAAAGUGCUUAGAGCGUGUCCUGUCCUUUAAACGACUAACUGCCCCUUUGAUUUGAUUCAUAUUUUAGCUUUAGUGUGCUGCUGCUGCUGAUGAUGAUGAUACUAAAGUCCUUGUAAUCGUGGUUUUCAUUCGAGCCAACCAUACAUUUAUUAUUUGUUUUAAUCCCUCAGAUAUGCUGAUUUGUGUCCUCUGUCUGAACUACUACCAAUUUAAAUGUCUCAUCAUUAAACCAUCUACAGACAUAAUUCUCCCACCUCUCGUUUCUCUUGGUUCUGUCUAUUUUACAACCAUGAAUAAUAAUAAAAAAAACACUACCUUUAAAA